AAGGACUGAAAGAUGUGGACCAGAUCAAUAUGGAUAGCACCAGCUCACUCCAUGGCAGCAGCAUCCACCGACCUUCCACUGAGCAAACACGGACAGAUUUCUCCUGGGAUGGCAUCAAUCUCUCCAUGGAAGACACAACCUCCAUCCUGCCCAAGCUGAAGCGAAACUCCAAUGCAUAUGGGAUCGGAGCUCUAGCUAAGUCAUCUUUCUCUGGGAUAUCCCGCAGCAUGAAGGAUCAUGUCACCAAGCCCACUGCCAUGGGACAGGGCCGCGUCGCACACAUGAUUGAGUGGCAGGGCUGGGGCAAUGGCAGCAACCAGCAGCAGCAUCACACCCACGAAACGGUCCGGAAGGAUGCCGACGCUUACUCUGACCUGAGUGACGGGGAGAAGGAGGCGCGAUUCCUUGCAGGGGUGAUGGAACAGUUUGCGAUCUCGGAAGCUACCCUCAUGGCCUGGUCUUCCAUGGACGGUGAAGACAUGAGUGUCAACUCCAACCAGGAGAACCAGGCUGGCAACUACAAUGAGACCUACCAGGAGAUGAUGGAGAACCAGGAUCACCUGGCCCAGGCGCAGUAUGACAGCUGGCCUCACUCCUACGUCUCGCAAGGCAUGUACUGCCUGGGCUCAUCGGACGCCUGGGAGACCAGCGACCAGUCCCUCAUUGCCUCCCCAGCGGCUGGCUCCUGCCUCGGCCAGAACUUUGAAGAGUCCCAGCCCAGCCUGCAGGAAACUCAGGCCCUGCUCCCCAAUUCCGGCCUCGCGGAUGCAUGGCCUGCUCAGACAGUCCCCGGUGGGGGUGGCAGUGCUGAAUCCAGCACCUUUGUGGGCGUCCACUCGGAGGAGGAAAAGAACCCCUUGCUGGAGAAGGCCCCGCUCCUGAACAAGAAGCCCUCGCUGGAGGAGGACGAUGCCGUUUGCCGGGACCUGGAGUCCCUUUCCCCGCGGGAGGAGCCAGAGCCCGCUGUCCUCAGCCGCAAGGUCUCUGACGUUACCUCGUCCGGAGUGCAGUCUUUUGAUGAGGAGGAAGGCGAAGCCAACAACUGA